AAUCACAGACUGAAAUAGUUUACUUCUUGCAGAGUUUGACAAGAACAAAAAAAAUCUAUCUGAAAUGCCACCUGCUUUGGAUACCUGCUUGCAGUUCAACUCCACCCAAGCCCAUGUCCAACGCCUCCUCCUCUUUCACGGCCGGGGGCCAAUCUUUCACCCAGCAGACCAACACAGAUUAGCAACAAAUACAGCCAAACAGUCCAACACGUGAUACAGGGGAGCUCAGUCAUUGUAAUUCGAACAGCAAAAGAACAAAGGAGGCACGCGGAAAAUACAGCAUACAUAUGUGCGUGUCUGGGUAUAUAUAUAAAUAAGGCUCGCAAAAGUCAAGGACACCCCUCCUCCAGUCAACCAAGGUCUCGCUUGCAAGGCUCGCGCAGGCAGGGUACAGCGAGCACGGUCCCCUCAAGCACUCAGCAAGCAAGAGCGAAGCAGCAGCAUCCACUAACUUACUGCAGCCAAGUGAAUUACAAUGCCAGGCGCGCGGUAUGCCGGAGCCGGGCUCGUGGCUGUCUACUUAGUGUUACAUAGUCUUGUGGGCAUUCAUUGUCUACCCGUCACGCGAAAGCACGGGCACAGCAAGAAGGUACUGGAACAACAUCAUAAACUCGAAUAUGCCCCAAACGAGCAGACUGAUUGGUUUUCCCAACAGGACACCUCCAAGGAAUUUAAGCCAAAUCACAAGACGUUAUCCAUGCUGCCUGUGUUAAGAAACACCAGCAGUAAAAUUGCACAAUGGAAUCCUCGUCGUUGUGGCGUUCCUGACUUCCCCGUACAAGCAGAUGGGCGCAACAGACAGAAACGUUUUGUGCUGUCUGGAGGUCGGUGGCAUAAGACUCACCUUACUUACAAAAUAGUAAGAUUUCCAUGGCAACAAAGUAAAGCAAAAGUGAAGAAGGCCAUUGCUGAUGCUAUGAAGAUCUGGAGUGAUGUGACCCCACUGACCUUUAAAGAAGUCAGUGACAAGUCAGGCCGAGCUGACAUUGUCAUUGACUUUUCCAGGUACUGGCAUGGUGACAACCUGCCUUUUGAUGGCCUUGGUGGAAUAUUAGCUCAUGCAUUCUUCCCCAAAACGCAUCGCGAAGGAGAUGUCCAUUUUGACUAUGAUGAGAUGUGGACCAUUGGGAGCAAAGACGGGACUGACCUCCUGCAGGUAGCAGCACAUGAGUUUGGCCACGUUCUUGGCCUACAGCAUUCAAAUGUCCCCAAGUCACUCAUGUCACCAUUCUACACUUUCCGCUACCCACUCAGUUUGCAUGAGGAUGACAAACAGGGAAUCCAGUCACUGUAUGGGGCACCUCGGUCGGCUCACACCAAAACAGCUGAGAAGUACCCAGAGGGAUACCCAAAAGUGUACCCACAGGAUGUCGAGACCAAUGAUAUUCCUAAUGUUACGCCUGAUGCGUGUGACACAGAUUUUGACGCAGUCUCCAUGAUUCGUGGGGAACUCUUUUUCUUCAAGUCGCAGUUUGUGUGGAGGUUGAGGGAUGGGCAUUUACAAGCAGGCUACCCAGCUCUAGCCUCACGUCACUGGCAAGGAAUCCCUGAUCGUGUUGAUGCUGCAUUUGAAGAUCCCUCAGGAAACAUCUGGUUCUUUCAAGGCUCUAGGUACUGGGUCUACGAUGGAGAGAAGAGAGUGUCUGGACCCGCAAUGGUCACCCACCUAGGACUUCCAAAUAAUGACAUCCGUGCAGCUGUUAUGCUAGGCCCAGAGAAAGCUAAGAAGAUUUAUUUUUUCAAGGAUGGGGGCUACUGGCGUUUCAGUACUCAUACAAACCAUAUAGAAAAUGUCCAUCCCCGCAGCAUGGCAGACUGGAGAGGAAUUCCCCCGAAUAUUGAUGCAGUUUUUGAAAAUAAACAAGGGUAUACCCACUUUUUGAGCGGAAAAUAUUAUUGGAUGUUUGACCCUAUCCAUAUAAAGGUUCUGGAUGGCUACCCACGUCUGAUUGGUCCAGACUUCUUUGGCUGUGAAUCCAAGACCAUCAAUAACAGAUGAAGUCCAGAGGAAUUCAGUUUGAAAAACCUUGACGUACGAUCGCUCAUAGACUUUUUUUUCCCUGAAGGAGUUGCUUUGCUUCCUUCACAGACUCCUGCAGACAAUCACAGAACUAAAUUGUUGGUCUGAAAUAGGCGUAAAACCCAUCUUGGGACUCUUUUGACACUGAAGCGUAAUACAGCCUUUUUAGUGUGAACUGAAGUUGCAUUGCAGAGAAGACAGACUGCAUCACUACUUUUUAAAGGAUUUGCACCCUUCUUUUCCCAUAUGCGUUGAGGCAAAUCUUUAUAGUAUGCAUUGAAUUUUUGAAUGACAACAUUUUAACUACUUAUGAAAAAUAUCAAUGCCUUGUUUUCCUAGAAGAAUUUAAGUUUUUUCAUGUAUGUAUUAGGAAAAGGAUAGCCUUCUUGAACAUAUUUAAUAUUAACUUUUAUAUUGUUGCAUCCAGUAUUUCAAAACCUGCCAUCUCUUGUGGGAGUGGUCUCUCUCUGUCAAUCCCUCACAGUUACACAGCAACACAGCUAGACACACACACACACACACACACACACACACACACAC